AUGCAGUUUUUUGCGUCUGGUGGAGUUAUAUACCAGACCUACGAAAUCCUCCUCCUGGAGAUCGACAGCCAGACUCCAACGUUGAGAAUGAUGCCUGGCCUGCUCAUUCGGCAACUUGAUUUCAUUGAUGCUGGGAAUAAGUUCAAUGAGGCCGAUCCAAUGGACAAGGCCUAUCAAACCGAACUCUUGGAGGACAGCACGUGCAUCAAGAGAUCUCACCGCAUCAAUGAGGGGGAAGUGGCCUUGCUUAUCCGUGCUUGCUCCAACGGCGAACUUCUUACAUUCAAACAAGUCGAAAACGAAGAAAGGGAAAGUGAAGGUGACAAUCGUGGACAGGAGCGAGAAGGCGAUCAAGAUAUACAAGCAGACGGAAGUGGUACUCAGGACCACCGGGCGGGCAAGCGGAGAGCCAAGACAUUUGAGAUAGCAUGGAGCGACAAGGCUUUGGAUCAUCUCCGAGCCGACAAGUCACUGAAGGUUACAUUCGCCUAUGACCUUGAUUUUCUUCCCAAUCGAAACUCACACGCCUAUUCCACUAUGAAGGCUGCAAACAUUGAAACCACAAGCCAGCGAAUCAACGACGACCCUUUCGAGGAGCACUCCUUCGUCAAUGAUCCAGAUGUCAACCAGGCUCUGCGGCGGAAUCUGGAACAUGAUCUCUCAGUUUGCAGUAUUCCCGUCAUUUCUGAGAAUGAUGAAAGCGAAGAACCUGCCUUCGCCCUCACGUGUGGGGAUGUGGACGGCCAUCGAGUUGCAACGGCAGCCAGUUUCUAUUGUUUCGAGUUUUCACUCCUGGCCUUGGACUAUUUCAAGUCCAUUCCACGCCCAAGCAAGUCGGUCUAUAUUUACUGGAUGACGGAACGGAUUCUGAAGACCUGCAACGGACACUUGAAGUGGUUGUUUGGCAAGAAAUACAGGAACCUCUCUGAGAAUCCUUUCGCUCCCCAUUGCUGGGUCAGCGGCAAGAUCAUCAAAGCUGGGGACUUUUUCGCCCGAGACAACAACUGGAAGGUCCCAAACGAGGUGGGGGUGGCUGUCCAGGCUUGGACCAAAGAGCUUGACCAGCGCAACAAGCUUGGCCGCUACGCGUUUCCUCGUUACAACAAAGAGCCCACGCACAGCUUUUACUUCACUGACCACGUCUUCAUCUGGCGUGCUCUCAAGUCAGCAGAGAACCUGGGUCUAAAGUCAAAGCUCAAUGUAGCCGUUCGUCUGGAGGACGAGGGCGGUGAUGGGUCCACCAAGAAGAGCGCCAAAACGAAGGAUUACUCUUCUGUUCAGGUUCAGGACCAGAUUCUCAAGCGCUUUACCACUGAAAAUUCAAUAUCCAAAAAACAAAUGAUUGCUGUCUCCAGGAGUCCUGCACACAACCAGUUUCUGCUCCGUACCAAAGAUGUCGGGUUGUUCCAUGCCAUGGAUAUAGGUUUCUUCGACAAGCCUGGGGCAGAGAAUGACCAUGACCCUUGGCAGAACAAGAUCAAUGUAUGGAGAAACCUUGUGGACUCUCAAGUUUAUCAUGAGGAAAACGAUGACACCACUUGGGAUGAGCCACUGCGAUUUGCUUUAGCAUUCAUCGUGGCCCAGGCCGCGAAGCGUAUCAACCACCCUUCUGCCAAAGAAAUGCGCGAGCGUUCUACGUCGGUCUUGAUGCAAAGCGUUUGGUGA